UUCCUCCUCUGUUUUUGGGUUUCUGAGAGAGAGAGAGAGAGAGAGAGAGAGAGAGAGAGGGUUUUUGUUCAUUCAUUAAUCGUUAUUGUUGUUACAGAACAAGCUCUUUCAUAUAUCGAGCCCUUGGUAUUUUUUCUUGGGGUUUUUGAUCUAUUUCCCGUAUUCAUAAUAAAUUUUAACACCCAAGGGUUGGAGGCUUUUUUUUCCUCUGUUCUAGUUAUAGCAAUGAUUUUGUAUAAACUCUAUGGAUUGUGUUUCAUAUGUGGUUUAAGAUGAUCGGUAAAUUGCAUCAAGCAAUGGUGUCAUUUUGAAUGCGGUUUAGCCAAUGUUUUGUUAGAACAGGUGGCAUUCUACAACUUACUACAUCCUUAUCUGAUUAUACUGAAUCCAUGAAGCAUUGCUACUGCAUUAGAGAAACUUUUUCAUCUAUUUAGCUUAAAACUUGGAGAAACUUCUAAUAUCUUGGCUUUUAAAAACUGUAAUUUUGAAGAAAGUAAUCCUCUGUUUGUUUGCUUGAUGAACUGCAAAUCGUUUUUGGAGUGAUAUUAUUUAUUGUAAGCGUUCAUGUCAUCAAUCAUUGCCAGCUUACACUGAAUCAGGUUACGAAUAUAGUGUGAAUUUUAGCAGUUUUCUGAAGGGAGUAUAUGUGUUCAGUGCGUUGCAUAAAGCAAAACUAGGGCUUAAAACAUCUUAGCAGUUGGGUUUUAUGUUCCAGUUCGGUACAAAUGAUAGUUUUAGCUUCUUGUGUCAUGAUUUGUAGAUUAUGAGUCCUGAUAGUUUUAGCUUGUAGUGUCAUGCUUUUUAGAUUAUCAAUCUGACCAUUCUUUUCUUAGCUGUCCUGUUUUUCUGUAUCAUCUUUUGGUCUGUGAUUGUAGACUCUCAUUUUUUAGUAUUCGGUGUAUUUCAUAUUGUCCUCUAGCUGUUUAUGGAAUGCAGAUUGGAAUGAUUUAUUUAUUCCUCAGUUAAGGAGGUUUAUUUAAUUGGGUAUUCGGCAUCGGAGACAAGAAUAUCAGGGAUCUGUCAAGGAUUUCAUAUUGUUUAUUAAAGAAACAAGAACUCCGACUCAUAAUGGGCAGUGUGGAUGACGACUGUGAUAGUGUCUCUGUCAUUGGAGCUCAGCCUGAUGUGGGGUUUUUGGACUUUGAGGAUGACGAAACCAUUGUUGGUGUGGAUUGGAGAUAUGAGGGGCCGGUCACCAUUUCAAAUCCUUUUGCUCUUGUUCAUGGAAAACCCCCAUCUGUCCUCAUCGGUGAAACUGCAGUCGAUAUAAUAACAGUUCAAAACAUGACAGCUGAGCCCUUGGAUUUAUGGGGUGUGAAAAUAUACUCUUGCAACCCUGCAGGCUCAUUUUCUCUCUCUACUACUGAGCCCCCGUCGACGGAUGCAGAUGAAGAAACUCUCAGUUACUUCUUAGAAACCAUGGCUUUAGAGGACCGGGUUCUGGACCCAGGCCAAGUUUUUAAAAUCUGGCUCUCUUGCAAAGCAAAGGAGAUUGGUUUGCAUAAUUGUGUCAUACAUUUUGAUGUUGGGGAUGAUAGAGUUGAGAGGAUAGCAUUUGUAUUGGCAGAGGACAACGUUUCCCAGCUUUUAACUUCAAGAAAGCCAUAUUUGAGAGAGAACAGGAAGAAAUCAUUUGGCACUGACAAAUUUGUUGCAGGUUCUAGGCCACAAAGCACAGCUCCUAGAUAUCGAUUUCCGCUACCAAAGUUUCUAAUCCCUCUUUUUGUUAGGGAGAUGGCAAAAAAUAAGCAGGUACCAGAGGUUCUAAUGGAGGGGCUAACCCCAGAGAAUUAUAUGUAUUACUUCACUGCUUUGCUCAAUUUGGAAGAGCUUCAUAUGGAGGAGGAAAUGAGAAAUCAUGACAUGUACAAUGUGAUGAUGAUGAGGCGUGGCCCCUUCUUGGCUCUGGAGGUCCCUGGAUUGGCAGAGAAAAGGCCUUCACUUGUGUGUGGAGAUUAUAUAUGUGCCAAACUUUCAAAUGAUUUUCAAGAUGAUGGACAACCAUACCAGGGGUACAUCCACAGAGUUGAAGCUGAUCAAGUGUUUCUGAAGUUUGCGAAGGAAUUUCAUCAGUAUCAUCGUGACACUUACAAAUAUGAUGUCAGUUUCUCAUAUAACAGGGUAAACAUGAGGCGGUUGUAUCAGGCUGUCAUGGCAGCCCAAGAGCUAGGCCUUGAGCUUCUUUUCCCCUCAUCACCUUCUCAAAGGAGGCUCACAAGGGCACCCCCAAUAACACCCCUGAACCAGGGCCUGAAUGAGGAACAAAUCUCCGCUGUGGAAAUGAUACUCAGAUGCCGAGGCUCCCCUCCUUACGUUAUCCAUGGCCCACCUGGUACUGGUAAAACUGUGACAAUAGUAGAGGCCAUAUCACAACUAUACACAAUACGAAAUAAUUCUCGCAUACUCGUUUGUGCCUCUUCCAAUAGUGCGGCUGAUCAUGUAUUAGACAAACUCAUACCACAUGUUAAAGAAAAUCAAAUAUUUAGGCUCAAUGCUAGUAGCCGCCCCUUUGAAGAAGUGAAGCAGGACAUAAUUCAAUAUUGUUACUUUGAUGACAUGGUUUUUCAGUGCCCUCCUCUCAUUGCCUUGUCUCGUUAUAAGAUCAUAGUCUCCACAUAUAUGAGUACUGCUUGUCUCUAUGCUGAAGGCAUUAGGAGAGGCCAUUUCUCCCACAUAUUUCUUGAUGAGGCAGGCCAGGCCUCAGAGCCCGAGACCAUGAUUCCCAUUUCCAAUCUUUGUAACCGAGAAACUGUGGUAGUUUUGGCAGGUGACUCAAUGCAAUUGGGCCCUGUGGUUUACUCUAAGGUUGCCGAGACAUAUAACUUGGGGACAUCCUUCUUGGAGAGGCUCUCUUAUUGUGAACCCUAUGCCAAUGGAGAUAGUUCUUUUGUGAUAAAGCUCUUGAGGAAUUAUCGAUGCCACCCAGCCAUCCUUGAACUCCCUUCUAAUCUAUUUUAUAGUGGGGAUUUGAUUGCUUGCAAAGAGAAAGAAAGUGAUUUGGCCCUUUAUGAGUGGGAGGAGCUCCCAAACAAGGAGUUCCCUGUUGUUUUCUUUGGGAUUCAAGGUUGUGAUGAGAGAGAAGGGACGAACCCUUCUUGGUUUAACCGUAUCGAGGCUAGCAAAGUGGUCGAAAUUAUUAGAAAGCUUACAGAGGAUGCUGAAGUGGGUGCAGACGAUAUCGGGGUUAUAACACCUUAUCGCCAACAAGUGUCGAAGCUCAGGCUAGCCCUUGAAUCCAUGGAUUUGGGUGGCAUAAAAGUGGGGAGCGUUGAGCAGUUUCAAGGGCAAGAGAGGCAGGUUAUAAUCAUAUCUACGGUGAGGUCGACUGUCAAGUAUGAUGAUUUUGACAAAAGGCACUGCCUAGGGUUUCUAAGCAAUCCUAGGAGGUUCAAUGUCGCCAUUACUCGUGCAAUUUCGUUGCUCAUCAUCAUCGGUAACCCACAUAUCGUUUGCAAGGACAAACACUGGGCUAAGCUCUUGAAGCACUGUACAGAUAAUAACUCUUAUGAGGGGUGCCCUCUACCUCAGCUGCAUGAGCCAGAGGAAUAUGCAGAAGAAGACAUACAUCAAGAAACUUUUCAUGAUGAAGGGAACCCAUGGCCAGAUACUAGCAAUGAACAAGGAUGGGACAACCACAGUACCUUCAACAAAGUCGAAGAGCUUCCACCUCCCGUAACCGAUGAAGCUGAGUGGUCCGAUGGGUGGCGCUAAUAGGAGUUAGUCGAUUCCUCUCUCUCUUGGGUGAUGCUAAGAGAAAUGACUCUCUCUCUCUCUGCAGAAUGCAUAUACACAUGGUGGGAUGGGGGAUUUGUUUUGCAUAUGCAUCUUCAAACUAUUUUUACAGCAAAGAAGUUUUCUGUUGUAUACAUAGAGGUUGAAAUCAUUUUAAUCCAUUUUGAUUAUGGAUGACAUAUAAGCGCUUCGCCGAAUCUAUCUGUAGUGUUGUAUAUGUGUCUGUGCAGGCACAUGCUGUUUAUGUUGAAAUGGAAGCAGUUGCGAUAUCCAUGUUC